AUGAGUUUGGGAGGAGGCAAUAGCUCAGAGGGAUCAAAUGCAGGAGGAAUUGUCGUACAAUUUAAUCAGGAUUGCACAUCACUAGUGGCUGGCAGUAGUAACGGUUAUCAAUUGUUUGCAUUUACACCGGAUGAUGGCGUUGACGAGAUCUAUGCAAGUCGUUCGGGCCAGGAGACUUGUAUUGUUGAUAGAUUGUUCAGCAGUUCCUUGGUGGCCAUUGUCACCGUUUCAGCUCCCAGAAAGCUGAUCGUGUGCCAUUACAAGAAGGGGACCGAGAUUUGCAACUACAGCUACAGCAACACGAUCCUGGCUGUGAAACUUAAUCGCUCUAGACUUAUAGUAUGCCUAGAAGAAUCCCUCCAUAUCCACAAUAUCCGGGAUAUGAAGAUUUUACACACGAUUCGCGACACACCUCCCAACCCACGCGGCCUUUGUGCGCUGUCACCCUGCGUCGACCACUGUUAUGUGGCCUACCCUGGAUCUAGCGCUGUCGGGGAGGUGCAGAUUUUCGAUGCUGUGCAUUUGAACGCGAAAUGCGUUAUCAGCGCCCACGAUAGCCCGCUAGCUGCGCUGGCGUGGUCGAUGUGUGGCCGGCGCUUGGCCACCGCCUCUGAGCGUGGUACUGUCAUCCGAGUCUUUGCUGUACCAGAGAGGACUAGGCUGUACGAGUUCCGCCGUGGGAUGAAACGCUGCGUGUCUAUUGCUUGUUUGGCGUUCAGCGCUUGUGGUGCAUAUUUGGCUGCUACUUCCAAUACGGAGACCGUGCACGUGUUUAGGUAA